GAGUACAAAUCGGGUUGAUAUUCGACCGCGCGAAGCUGAUCAAUCCCUCGUUCCUGCAGUCUCGCCCAGCUCCAACGGAGAACAGCUUUUGGAGGUUAUUCUACAGAAAAGCCUGUUUUGGUCUUCGUUGCUACUUUUAUUGAUCUGUUAUCGCGGACGAAUAAUACCCUGGAUCAACGACGCGCCACAGAAGGAACAUUCACGGGGAUUUAUCCUACUGUUCCAGUCCCACUUGAACUUGAAUCUGAACCAACAACGCCCAAUUACCCGAUUUACUGAAAUGUGGCAACAGCAGUCCCGUUUUUCCUCGUCUGUAUUUUUUGUGACAAACUCUCCGUGCUUACUUGUCUAUGAUCGCUUGUUUGUGACCUAACCUUCGGAUUGCGGUAACACACACACACGCCGAUUCGCUUUGGCUUCUGACCAAUGUUCGCUUGGGGGGCCAAUAGUCAUGGACAGCUCGGAACCGGCGACCAGAUCGACAGGCUUGAACCGGAGUUUAUUUCCAACUCUCAAUGUGAGCUGAUCGCUGGUGGUGGUGGUCACUCUAUGUUUUUCGACGGGUUCAAUGUGCACAGUUGUGGUAACAAUUCUGCCGGACAGUUGGGGAGAUCCGGUACGCAGUUUCAUUUUGAACGAGUGAUCCCGCAACUGAAUUCGCCUGUCUCUCACCUUGCCUGUGGAUGGGAUUUUUCUUUCCUGUUGACAAAAAGUGGCUACCUAUGGUCGUCUGGUUCGAACGCUUUUGGUCAACUUGGUUUACCUGACAUAAGCUCUUCUUCAACACCCAUCCUAGUCAACCCAUUGUCGUUUUCUUGCAUCUCAGCAGGGUUGCGCCAUGCAGUAGCCAUUACAACGGACGGAGAUGCGCUGUCCUGGGGAUCGAAUCGACGCAAUCAGUUGGGCAGUACCACACCUACAAAACUCCACAAUAUCGAAGCUGUGCGUAUAUCGCAUGAUGAACUCGGGGGUACCCCCGUCGCAUGUGCCGCUGGUGCUUAUCACUCCACACUUCUGACAGCGAACGGAUCCAUUAUACUUAUCGGCGAUUUGAGUUACUUUCGAAAACCUGGUGAACGCGAGAUCAAUGCGGAACCACGUCUUUACCUUCAUCGGGAUCUGUUCGGUGGUCGACCUGUAGUUCAGGUUGUCUCUGGCUGGAGCCACAUUGUCGCGCGGACUGAUUCUGGUGAUAUUUACACCUGGGGCCGAUCCGACCUUGGGCAGUUAGGACGGGUAGUGUUUCCACACCCAUCUUCAGAGAAUAGAUCCGCCCCAGAGUUUGACCCCAUGCCGAGGCAAGUUUCAUUCAUCGAUGAUGACGACACGAAAGUGAAGAUUAUCAACAUAGCAACUGGAUCGGAGCACAAUUUGGCUAUCGAUUCUAACGGCAACUUAUGGACCUGGGGAUGGAAUGAACACGGUAUGUGUGGAUUGGUCCAAUCGAAGUUCAAUAAAGAAGAAUUCCUAACCGAAGGUGUUCCUGAAGAACGUACUGUUUCUGUUCGAACCCCAUCUCGAGUUAGCCUUCCGCCGACCAACAGUUCUGAAGGGUUGGUUUCCCCUAAGGUUCGGGUCAUUGGGACAGGCUUCGGUCACUCUUUUGCCUGCGUUUGAUGGCUCCUAU